UAAAAUCAAUAAAAUAAUUUUGUGUGCGAGAGAGAAAUAGAGAGGCGGAGAAAUGGCGGCUGCUGCUGUUUCCCUCAGCGGUUCCAUCGUCUGUGGCAAUUCAUCGCCGGCGAGGGCGAUCUCCACCCGCCGGGGUGGUUUGGACUGGAGGCGGACCCCGUGGUGGGCGUCAGGGGCGCUGAUUUUCCGGAAGGCCCGCAGAGCGCUGCCGCUGGCGGGGUCCAGGGCCGAUGACUCCUCGGCGCCGCAGGAAAUGACCGUGGAGAGCGCGCUCGAGAUCCUUGGCUUGUCAGAAGGUGCUUCCUUUGACGAAAUCGUUAGGGCCAAGAACGCCGUGCUAGCCUCCAUCCGGGACGACAUGGAGGCCGUGGCGCAGGUUUGCUCACCUUUUCUCUUCUUCCAGCAAGAGUUUUCAGAUGAACACUGGGUUUCUGAGUUCAUCCCUCAGUUGAUGGAUUUCGAUGUGUUAUCGCCUAACGUGUCAGAAAAGGUGGAGGCUGCAUAUGAGAUGUUGCUUAUGCAGAGCUUGUCAAGGCGACGAUCUGGCAAAGUUGAAAAUAGCAGAAUUAGAUAUGCUGAUGUCAGAACUAGUAAGAACACAGGAACAAAUGCAUUGCCAGAGUGGUUACAAGCAAGGAUAAAAAAUGUUCCUGUUUCAAUUGAAUCUCCAUCUACGAGCAAUUUGGGAAUACAAGCAGGUGUUUAUGGGGCCUUGAUGCUUUUCACAUAUGUUAGUGGUGCGUCGACGACAUCUACUGGGCCAUACGCUGGAGCUGAAGUUUCUGGGUUAAUAAUAGCUACAAGUAUUGGUGCUUCCUUGUAUUUUUUAUCCAAGAAGAGACUUGGCCUAGGCAAAGCAGCAGUACUCACUGUUGGUGGACUCGUUGCGGGCGCAGCAGUUGGAUCUGCAGUGGAGCAAUGGCUGCAAGUCGAUAUAGUUCCUUUCUACGGUAUCCAUUCACCUGCAAUAAUUGUGAGUGAGUUCAUUCUUUUGUCACAAUUCUUGGUAUCUCUGUACCUCACGUAGGUUUAGGGAAUUGUUAAUGCUUCGACAACUCACUCAAAUGUAACUUUCUUGUAUAUUGUUUGACACGAUAUGAACAUCUGAAGAGUUUAGUGUUGUGUUUUUUCA